AGUGACUUUUUUUCUGCCGUACAGAACGGGCUAAACAUUGACAAAUAGUUUCCAGGCAGUAUGGAGGAAAAAGAUGAGAAUACAAAUAAUUUGAAUAUGGAUCUUACAGCUAUCCCCAACUUCCCUUCCAAACUGUACAACAAAGACGUAAAUGUAAAACCCAAAGAUCAUGAAAUGAGUAUGGAGUCGCCUAAAAAGCACGAUGUCCAAAUUGUUGCGCUGGAAAAUCAAUUGAGAAAAGUGGAAACCGAUUUACUGGUUUCCAAGGAAAAGAUGACCUUCUUAGAGGAGAAAAUCAAGGAUAAAGAGGAUAUCAUACAGGCUUUAAAAGCAUCCCUCGAUCUAUAUAAGAACACAGAUCAGCCCACGGCGAACGAAUACAAAGCGGAAAUCAGCAAACAGGCAGCCAUUGUAAAGAUUCAAGAGGAAAAGUUAACAAGGCUGGAGGCGGAAAAAAAAUUCACUAAAGGCAUGCACUAUGCAAAGAAAAAUGAUUGUAAGCUAAAUAUGGCUGAUCUAAAAUUAAAUCGGGAAUCAGAAAUCAAAUCAAGGUCAGAUAUGCUGCAGAGCAAAGUUCCUCUGGAGUAUAAAGGACAGAUCAGCGCUCAAGCAGCCCUCAUAAAGGAUUUGGAAGAGAAAUUAGCAAAACUGGAACUGGAGGACAAAUCAAAGAAGGCUUUUAUUAGGGCAUCGCAAGUGAAAAUUGGUCAGCACGAGAACACCAUCAAGCAGCUAAGACAAUCGAUCGUUGAUCUCAAAUCACUUACCAACCAGAAUAGUGACAGCAAGGCCACCAUCGACGGCCUUGGCCUGAAACUGCAAUCGUGUCAAGCCAAGCUGGAGGAAAAUGAAAAACUUUUGGCUUCAUACAAGGCGCAGCUAAAAGACAGAGAUGACCAAAUAACCCUUCUGGAAUUGGGAAACAAUCUGGAUUCGUUUAAGAUGAAGGAAAAAGAUGACCUCUUGAAAGAACUUCAAAAACGAAUGGCUAAAUUAAAUUAGUAGUAAAAUAAAUAUAUGUACAUUUGUAUGUAUAAAGAUGUAAAUCAUUUUUACUAUAGCAGCAUUAUUAAACUGGUUGCGUACAAAUAUUGCUGGUCGUACUUUAAAUA